AGACAAGCCUUCCCAGGAGCGACUUCCGCUUCCAGUGUACUAUUUUGUUAAUUAGUGGCUACGGAGAAGUCGGAUCCAUUGAUCUUCCUACCCGCGCGGGCAGACCCAAGAAGUCCCUAGAACAACCGUCCUCAGGAUCACUCUACAUGAGCUGCGCAUCACAGGAACAGAAACGAGAUUCCCAUGGAAGGACGAAAUGGGGGUACAGAUCCUGAAACGGCGGUACCCUCGGAAUCGAGCGCAGAGCUCCUAACAGAGACACCGCUGUCCUGUCUUUCAACUGUUGACCAGCGACCGAACUCUGAGAUCGAUGAUGAGGCAAAGCCUUCGCCACUUACGCCCAGUAUCGAGGCACAGAAGUCGUCAGGAUAUCUGCUCGACCACAAAGCCAUUUUCACAAGAACAAAGCGUGGCAGCUACGGCUUGUCUCCGACCCAUCAGCGCAAACUGCGUAACAAUCUUCUGCUAGGAGUUGGGUUCCUCGAGCUUGGCAACUGCGGAGACUUCGCCGCAAACGUGUGGAAUACUACCCCAGUACCACAUUUCGCAACCGCUUUGAUGGCGAUAGGCGGAACAGUCGCUCUGUUUACGAGCAUAUUUGCUUUCAGAGACCUGGGACGGAGCUGGAUGAAUAUCCGCUUCCUGCGAGAGGAAAGAGAAUUCCUACGAUCACGGAAACAGACGACCAUUCAACAAGACGAGGAGAAACUGGAAAUGCUCACCCAGGAAGACUUGGAUAGCUGGCUGUCCAUUGAUUUCAGAGAGCUGGGUAGUGAAUUCGUUGAUCGAUUCAUGAUGGAUCUUCUCCUGGGAACCUCCGCAGUCAUCGUUGCUGUUGGUACUUUCCUAGCCAUUGGCGGCACCAACAAAUCCGUAUACCACGCCAGUAAUUUAUUGUCAGGCUAUAUCGGAAAUGCACCAGGCGUAGUGUUUGGCCUUCUCAAUGCUACGUGGACCGGUUACCUGUGCGCCCGCCUCCACCGGCAUGCUAAGGCAGUAACGAGGGAGGCCCUACCAGCUACCGUGAAGCUUCGGAUGACCGACCGUUUCCACAUGAUGCAACGGCACCAUGCACUCAGUGGCAUAUCCUCCCUCGUCGGUGGCGCCGCUGGUAUGGUGACUGCCACUAUGUGGUGGGGAUAUGUGGUUUUGAUCCCUUGUAUAGUAUCCCAGAUAUUGUGCAAUUAUAUCUGGAGAAAGACCAUCGGGUAUGACCGGUUCAUCGUCCAAACCUCGCACGGAAUAGAGGACACCCCGGUCCUCAAGAAGCUGGAAGACAUCGUUGCCAUCAACCAACUUCUCUUGAAAGACCCUAAUCAAGCGAUCCCUGGACUCAUAUUAAACCCGGAGUCGAUGGACUCGUUCUUGCAGUUUAUCUUCGACCAUGACCUUUUUGACGACUUCUGCCUUUAUCUCCUCAAACACGCUGACUGGAGAGCUCUUUUCUAUCCGGAAUCACAACCAGAAGCUGAAUUUUCGAUUUCACCGCGCGAAUUGUUAGAUGCGGACGAGCGGGCACUGUCUAGGACGAUGGAACUUGCAAAGAGGUUCAUCAUCCAAGAGAGCCCGUUGCACUUCGAAUAUAUGGAAAGGUUUCUUUUGGAGAUGGCGGGAUGCUACGUAUACUCCCGUCACUAUUCGGGAGGGAGAACCGCGCACUGAGAAAGUGAGCGCAGCCCUGGAGGCAGAUCGAGAAAUAUAGACUGGGCAGGGUCCCUUAUUGUAUGUAAUUAUAUAAUGACUAGACCUAGACACUGUUUCUGGUAAAUGAUGUGGUGGCGGUUGUCCUGUACGAUUGACAAUGACUAGAAUGCCAAUGUAAGAGUUAAGUGUUCUAUUUUCAAGAUACUCUCCACGUAUGGAAUUCGAUAUUAAACCGGAUAGCUCCACUCAUUCCGUCUAUCUACCGUACUAUGUAUUCUAUAUCUCGGGACGAGCAUAAUGCCAAGAAAGAUAGAUGGUUCCUGAUAAGAAGAUGGAGGCUGCGUGAUUAUGAGUCACCUGACUACAUAUGUGUAAAUAUGGUAUUCAGGGCACACCGCAUAUUGUGAGUGGAAAUAGAACAUAUUAUUAUCAUCUUCUG